AUGCCUGGGUUUACAGCUUACCUGCUCCUAGCUGUUCUUCUGAUUCUCGCGGAAGAUGGGUACGUGAGAGGAGUACAGGGUGGGGUGGUCUCCCCUGGCCUUUCCUUGGUGUCGGAAGACAAUGCCUUCUCCACCGCUCCAGACGUCAGCAGACAGACGCAAAGCCAACAUCAAGUCGAGACAUCUUCGGUGUCCCCGUCAGAGUCACCUCUGAUGCUGAGGGUGCAUGUGAAGGAUGCGUCUAGCCAGCGACAUUUGGGUGGAGCGACCUUGGAGGUGUUUGUGAAUGGUUCACACAUGCAUUCCUCCCUCACUCAGGAGGAUGGUGAGGUUCUCCUCACUAUUCCUUACAAACUGGGAAUGACCCUUACCCUGGUGGCCAGCAAAGAGGGCUACGUUCUCACUCAGCUACCCUGGACGACCGCCAAGAUACCCAUAUUUUCUUCUGUUACUCUAUCCUUGAUUCCUCAAACCCAAGGCAAUAUCUGGCUGUUUGAAGAUACUGUGCUAAUAACACAGAAAACACCGGAUCCAUCAUCUCAGCCCAGUGUACAGUUUCCCAAGAGCCUACUCAGACUCCCAGAGAACACUAACAUCUCCAUGGUGACUGCAUACUUGACAAUUCCAACCCCACCCCAAGACAAAGACUGCCACUUCUGCACCGUGGGGAUCCUCAGCAACAAAUCAGGAUACAGGAGUGUUCAUUUGAACCCUGUGGCAAUGCUUAGUGCCCAACUGUUGUCCAGUGGGAAGGAGAUAAAAGUCAACGGACCGGUCCAGUUCACAGUCCCCCUGUCAUAUCCAACGAACCUCCGAGCAACUGAUUCCGUACCUGCGUGGGCCUUCGAUAUGAAAGCAGGUGCUUGGAUGAAAAAGGGCAUUGGGACUAUUAAGAUGGAGGGAGGUCACCUCGUCUGGACGUAUCUGGCACCUCAUCUUGGUGACUGGAUAGCUGCACCACUACCCUCUUCCAGUGGUUAUAUGGGACAUGCAACCUCUAUGGAUUUCAUCUCAUAUCAUACAUACCUUCUUGUUGGCAUCUUAGGCGGAGCUCUUGUGAUUAUUAUUGGAUUUUUAUCUGUGCUUUUAUGUCACUGCAGAGACUUGAAUCAUGAGUCAGAGAGGAAGAAACGGGGUGCUUCCAAACUGACGGUUCUUAAAAAAGACCAGACUACAUCAACCAGCUCAGACGAAGCACAUGAAGCGUUGUACCACCCUGGCGACAGGUCUUACUCACUUGCUAGCCGAAACGCUGGCCAUCGAGAUGUCUCUGCCUCCCCUCGGCACCAGGCAAACUACAAUAUCUACGUGGAGGAUGUCAGUCGUCCUGUGGCCAACAUUUAUGAAAACAUUGGUAGUGUUGGCUCAGAAUCGCACAGGGCUCCUCUACCCAGUCUUUAUGUCAACAGUGAGGAGGUUGCAAGGCUUAGGGAGAGGUCAGAACAGAAUGCCUCUCGUCAGGGAGCCAAUGAGAAUGUGGUCUUCCGAGACAAGUUGUUUCACAUCUAUAACCAACCUGUGGCCAUUGUACAGGCUUCAGAUGUCUUCAGUGCCCAGGGACAAGUUGACCCCACUGGGUGCAGAUCAGCCACCUUUCCCCGAAAUGGCACGGAGCACGGACCACAGACGGAACGCAACUACAAGGAUAGUUUCACUCAAACACUGCCUAAAGGCACCCAGCAGGACAGUGAUGAGCAACCAGCUCUGGAUAGCACUCAGAAUGCUACUGCCAAUCCAGGGAUCUGGGGCCGUUACAGCCACUUAUUGGAGUCCGUGUCAGUACCAGGCACUCUAAAUGAGGCUGCAGGGAUGGGUCCAUUUCAUGGGGAAAUUCAAGGGGUCUCAGAGCAAACCCUGUUGGAGCUUUCUAAGGCCAAGCCUUCACCCCAUCCCCCAAGGGCAUGGUUCGUCUCUUUGGAUGGCAAGCCUGUUGCACAGGUACGCCACUCUGUUAUCGAACUCCAGGGUCGGCAUCGACCAGGCAGCAGCAACGACACCAGCCUGGACUCUGGAGUGGAUAUGAACGAGCUCCAGCAGCCGCUCCGUAAAGGUGAGCACGAGGGUCCCUCUGGCGGAAGCUUGCCCAAAGCAAGUGGGGGCCUUGCCCAUGAGGAGCAGGAUCUGAGCAGCAGUGAAAUUGGAAGUCCCGAAGAUGCAACCCUGAGGAGCACCCUAGAAGGUAGCAGUGCUGCCAUCCCUAAUAUUCCGGAGGAUAAGGACGCAGGGGACACGUCCAGUGAGUCAAGGUCAACCCCUCCACCACGCCGGCCGCGGAAGUUACGGGACAAGAGGCCCGAGAGGAAGACAACUCGCCAUGUUCGGGAAGAGAGGCCUCAGAUGAAACGUUAA